UGCCUAGCUCACCUUGAAUUUUCUGAGCCAAAAAUCUCUCAAAUAAUCUUCCACCAAAAUAAAAAUUAAUUGAUUAUUUCCCCGGCACUGGUUUGAGCAGCGCAAACAUCAUCGUUCUUUCUUCAAUGGCUGCUACUUCAGUUUCCGCUUCACCGUUUCUUGGGAGCUGGGCCACCACCAUCGCCGGCGAAGACCACACCUUGCUGCAGGCCAAGGCGGCGCCGCCGCAAGUGAGGAUGGCGCGGCCAAUCCGACCGCGGCCGAUGAUGAAGAAUGUUAAUGAAGGGAAAGGUAUUUUCGCUCCAGUAGUUGUUGUCGUAAGAAACAUUGUCGGGAAGAAAACGUUUAACCAGCUUAGGGGCAAAGCCAUUGCUCUUCACUCACAGGUGAUAAACGAGUUCUGCAAAUCGAUAGGAGCAGACUCCAAGCAAAGGCAAGGGCUGAUUCGACUAGCCAAGAAAAACGGAGAGAAGCUCGGUUUCCUUGCCUGAACAAAAAAUCUUGUGUGUACUAGUAUAUAUAGACAUCAUUCUCAACGACAUGCCUUAGCUCGCGUCUUAGAUUGUACUACUCAUUACACACGUAAUCUAAGAUACGAUGAAUAUUGUUUCGACUUUAUAUGUUUUUAUUCAUGUUUUUCUUCAGUUGAG